ACAAAUAAAAACAUACUACUGGUAUAAUGUAUCAUUAUAUGAGUCUACACGCACUAUACAUUUGCAUCAUCGAAAUUAUGAUUAUCAUUAGUGUGAAGGUACUGUAUGCAAAAGAUUUAUUUACAUCUGGUGUGAAAAUACUGGAGAAAAAAGAUGAUAAGUAUGGUGGAGUUGUGAUAGAGAUGAAGGAGAUGAUGAAUCCUUCCUCCUUUGCUGCUUCACUUAAAGCUUCACUCUUCAAUUGGAGACUACAAGGGAAAAAAGGAGUUUGGUUGAAACUUCCGAUAGAGCUUUCAGAUCUCGUUGAUGUUGCGAAAAAGGAAGGGUUUUGGUAUCAUCAUGCUGAAAAAACAUACAUAAUGAUGGUGUAUUGGAUUCCAAAAACUCCUUCCACUCUCCCAUCAAAUGCUUCACAUAAAGUUGGCAUUGGAGCUUUUGUAAUCAAUGAAAAUGAAGAGAUACUUGUGGUGCAAGAAAAAAAUGGCUACUUUGCCGGAACCGGAUUUUGGAAAAUGCCCACUGGCUUAGUGGAAGAGGGUGAAGAUGUAUGUGAUGCUGCAGUUAGAGAAGUUAAAGAAGAGACCGGAAUUGACGCGGAGUUCGUCGAGUUCCUUGCUUUCAGACAAUACCACAAAGCUUUAUUUAGCAAAUCAGACCUGUUUUUUGUUUGCAAGUUAAAGCCACUCUCCACUACUAUCACGAAGCAAGAUUCUGAGAUCGAGACAGCCAAGUGGAUGAAAAUGGAGGAAUAUUGUGAGCAAUCGUAUGUGAAGGAGCACGAGGGCUUUCUUAGCGUUGCAGAGAUCUGCAAAAUGGCGAGUAGCAAGAAAAGUGCAUAUUCUGGUUUCUCUGCAAAUUUGAAGUCACAAAGGACUCCUGGAAAGAAAAGCUACGUAUACUCCAGCGCCAACAACAUAUGACAUAUUAAAUUUAUUUAUCAAGAAAUACAAUCAACUUAAUUGCGUUAAUUAAUAAAUCUGUGAAUUUAUGUUCAUUUUGAACACUAUAUAAUUUGUACUCUCAAUAAUGAUUGAUGGAUUUUAAUUCAUUAAUCACUGGAAUGCUAAUAACUCAACUAUCUUAUA